UUCAAUUUUCAAUGUAUUUUGAAUCAUUCGAAUUGGUUUUUUAUCGCGAAGAUCAUGCAAAUACAGUCUUGUUUUGAAGGGAAAGCGUAGCGAUUGAAUUAAUGCUGAACAAUUUUACAAGAGUUAUAUUGUUAUACUAAGAAAAUGACUUUUGCAAAUAAUAAAUUAUUAGUACCAGUCGCUUUGGGUUUUUCACUGGUCACUGUGACAGCAUUUGUGGUGUACUACGUGUUUAAAAGAGAUGAGGACUCCAAUGAAAAACCUGUCAGAUCUACAAAAGUUAAUGUUAUAGAGGUUCAAGUACCAAAGAGGAUUGUACCUGCUCUCAUAGGUCGAAGUGGUUCAAACAUAAAGAAAAUAGAAGAGAAAUCAGGCGCCAUUAUUCAUUUCAAGAAGUUCAGCGAAAAGGAUUACGAUGUGUGCAUUAUACGAGGACGCUCGAGUAACACGCAAAUUGCUGAGUCCCUGGUGCAUGAUUUUAUAAAGCAGCAACCUGUUGUUGUGGAGGACUCCCUUCUGGUACCCGGUUGGGCCUGUGGCAGAAUUAUAGGAACAGGCGGUGAGAACAUAAACGAUAUCAGUCACAGAAGUGGCGCGCGCGUCAAAGUGGAGGGUGAAAAGGGAGGGGACCUGAGCUUACAGAGGACUAUAAGUUUCCGCGGCACCGCUGAACAGAUAAAGACUGCUAAGCAUCUUGUUGAGCAAUGCGUGGAACAAGAGCGAUGCCGUCGCGAGAUCGAGCAAGCGAAGCGAACCCCCCGGCUGGCUAUACCGUCUCCACCCACGACGCCGCCUACAACGCCGACCACCGACUUGCCAGGUGACAAAGCCAACAAGCAUGUUCGGCCACGGCGUGAAGCAACCAGUUCUUCGAUCGAGGUUUACGUAUCAGCCGUAUCUACGCCGUCGCGUUUCUGGGUGCAAUUCGUGGGCCCCCAGGUAACACAGUUGGACGAGUUGGUGGCCACCAUGACCGACUACUACGGCAAUAAGGAGAAUCGAGCUAAUCAUGCUAUCAGAAAGCUCUGCGUGGGCCAAGUGGUAGCGGCCGUGUUCAGACACGACAGUCGCUGGUACCGCGCGCGUGUCGACGACAUCCGACCUAACGAGUUUGACGCUACGCAACAGGUAGCCGAUCUGUAUUAUUUGGAUUACGGUGACAGUGAAUAUGUCGCAACGCAUGAACUAUGCGAGCUGCGUGCCGACUUAUUGAGACUACGAUUCCAGGCGAUGGAGUGCUUUUUGGCCGGCGUAGAGCCCAUUGGCACAUCUAAAGGGAAGGACUCUGAUGGAAAAACCCCGAAGUGGUCUUCAGCGGCCAUCGAGCGGUUUGAGGAACUAGCGCAUGUAGCUCGUUGGAAGCCAUUGAUAUCGCGUACGUGCGCGUACAGGAAGUCCUCGGUUACGCCCAACGAACGGGAGAGGGAAAUUCCCGGCAUCAAACUGUAUGACGUCACUGACGAUGGUACAAUAGAAGUGGCAGAAGUGUUAAUAGCUGAGGGAUAUGCGGAGGCGUCGAAUACGCCACGUUCCACGCCACCGCUCACACCCAAUACGCCAUUCGGGGACCUCAGCGUUUCAAGGGUUUUGGGCAUGGUUGGACCCGACAGCGGUCGCGCUGCGUCCGUGCCUAAAGACCACAAAGACGACCACCCGGAGCCUACUGAUAUAAUAAAAGACAAAAUAAGAAGAUCGCUGGGAUCCGGUCUUGAAGCCACGGACAAAUUAAAAUCCAUAUCAAACUUCAAUCUCUCCUACCAAGACAGUACACCGACAACACCCGUCAACGAAUCCAAGGACUUCAUCGCAACGGAGCGAGAGAAUGUCGAAAAUGAGACGGAAGAUCAGCCGAAAUCGCCCGUACUGACGAAAAUAAUCGACGAAUUUAAGGCGAACAUGAACAGAAUCGACUCCCAUCACAGUUUAGAUGUACUAGGAAGACAAAAUUGAGGUGAAUAAGUAGGUUUGUUUUUUAAAGUGAAUAUUCGUCGUAGUAAAUGUUAGAUUAAUAUUUUGUAAAAUAUUACCUGUCGAAUAUGACUUUGGUAUACAUUUAAAUUUUUGUAGUAGAAGAGCCACCGCCAUUAUUUCUGCCGCUAAGCAGCAUUAUUGCAAUGCUGUUUCCGGCGGCGUGAUGCCGGUGAAAUUAUGUGGCUUAACCUUCGCCUCUAAUUGACGGGUGGACAAAGGGCGGCAUGUUGCAGAACGUGCUCCUCGCAUACCCUGUUCAUAAGCUCUGCUUGGUCCGUCAAUUUUUAAAAUUAAAAAAAAAGGAUAUGCAGAUUAAUGACGAAUAUUCGUCUUAUUUCACGGCCUUACUGGAUUUAGAUAUUCGGUAUGGUAUGAUAAUAUCAAUUGUAUCUAAUUAAUUCGAUUUAUGCCCGUUUUCACUAAAGAUGAACAAGGCAAUGCCCAAGUGACGCCUAAUCAA